AUUUGGGGGCCUUUCGCAACUUGGUCUUUUGCAUGCUCAGUUCUCAGUCACACACAGUGUGAACUAAACGACGGUUUAUUGAUCCCAAAUUCCAAGUGCGGAAUCUCACGCCACUGAUAUCCAUCGUCUACUGCCGCGGUACUUCUCUCUGCGCCUCCCUGUUAAUCACGAUGAGGACAUGGGAGAAUUCCGAAGCUCCAGUAUUUUGAAAACGAUGAAGAGGAAGUGUAGGGUUUGGUGGCCUGCUCAUCUCUCCCCAACAACCCAACCACAGUCUUCCACCUUCUUGUUCGGUUGGUUCGUUACAUCGUCUUCUUCUUCCUCUGCUUCUGUUCCUCUAGAAGUUAUCGUAGCAUUUUUAAUCGAUGAAGCUGCCUUCUCUUCUGUCGGAUCUGAUCUCGAGGGGAUACUUCACAAGAUAAAUAAAAGAAUGCCAACAUCUUUACAAAAUAGAUGUGGGCUCUCUAUGCUUGGUUAUUGUUCAGCAAGCUCUUCUAGCAAUGGUCAUUUGGGUCAACAAUCUGAACAAAUUAUAUCAGAGGAUAAAGGUAGACACCAGAUCUGUGGAUGCCAUAAAGUUGAUGGAUUGCUACAACACUAUAAAGAUUUCACAAAAAGCGAUUCAAUCCCACUUGUAUGUGGCUCUUAUAUCCACACCAGUAGAAAAUUGGGAUGGAUUCCUAAAUUACAUCACAUACAUUGGAAUGAGCAAGUUGUUUCCAAUCUUGAUCUCCACAUAGUAAUUUAUGGAACUCCUAGAUUUGGGUCUCACCAUUUCUCCUUGGGCACCCAACAUUCUUCUGAUCAUGCCAAAAAAAUUUCAAGAAAACCAAAGUGGGUGGAAGACCUUGACCAAAAGAAGCCUGUUCUUGACUUGGACACUGUCAUUCUUGCCACCAACUGUGCUGCUGCUGCCACCUCAUUUUUUGAAGAACAAGUGUCACCUCAUAGACCUUCACACUUGUAUGUUCUCGUUUUCAAGUUCAUCACUUUGAUAUGGCAACUAUUGGCUGUGUUUGUUGCUUCUGUUUCCACAUCCGUGUAUAUAGUUCUCCAGCUACUCCAUUUUCUUAUAAGCUAUGGAUUAGAGUCUUUUAUAUAUGUCACAUUACACAAUUUAUUCCCUCACACCUCAAGGAACAUUCGUGUCCGAUGUUGUCAAAUCUUGUAUUGGCCAAUCUUCCUUCACACAAAUGAUUCCAGGUCCGGAUCAUGUGUGGAGUAUGCAGAGAAAGCUUCACAACGCAGACAUUCCAUGUGGUUGAGUGUAGUCAUCGACAUCCUCUUAGGGAACCUUUUUGGCCUUACAUUGCUGACUCAUGCAAAUUCCGCUUGUUUGACGAUUUUGACCUUCACUGGUGAUGUUACAAACAACUGGUGGCUCAUAAGCUGUGCACGAUUAAUGGGAAACCCUGCUGGUUUUAAGUUGAACACUGAGCUUGCAGGAGUUCUUGGCACUCUUUCUUUAAAUGCAAUUCAAUUUUGGUCUACAGUAUUAGGCUCCAUGCGUUUUCUUUUUAUUUUUUUAAUUAAAGGGUUAGCGAUAAGCGGGGUUAUUUUUGGCAUUACAACCCCUGCUGCAUCAACACUUGACUUGAUUACUAUCUCAACAACACAUAUUUCAACCCUACAUUGGUUAAUAUCGCUCAUUUAUUCGAGGCAGAUACAGGCAACGACAGCAUUGUGGCGCCUUUUCAGGGGGCAAAAAUGGAAUCCGCUUCGUGAGAGGUUAGAUAGCUAUGAUUACACAGUGGAACAGCAUAUUGUUGGGUCUCUGUUGUUUACUCCACUUCUGCUUGUGCUACCAACUACUUCAGCUUUUUAUAUGUCGUUUACUAUUAUGUAUACGACAAUUGGGUUUAUAUUGAUGAUUAUUGAGGUUGCUAUAUCUGUAAUCCAUGCUACUCCCUACACCAAAAUCUUCCUUUGGUUGCUGAGACCAAGCAGAUUCCCAUGUGGGAUUUGGUUUCAGAUAUUUUCUGUUGAUUUAAAGGAAAGUGUUGGAUCAGAUGUUUUGGUCUCAUCUCUUCAUAGUUAUUCUUAUAGUCUAGGAGAAUUGGUGAAGCCACACUUUAGUUACCUACGUUCUGCUGUUUCAAGAUCAUCAAUUAGCUCAUCAGUGUAUGGAGUUUUCAGUGGAAGAAGUUUGUCUUCUGCGCUAUACAAGCUUCCAGUUGCACCUGGUGCGGGUGUUGAUGGGAAAAUGCCAUGGAUGUGGAUCCCAUUGAAGGAAUAUUGGAGGCUUUGUUAUGAUGCUGUCUUUGCAUAUGUUAAAUGUUAAAUGUUUGAUGGGAAUUUUGUAUAUGUUUGGUUUUAUCAGGAGGAGGAUUAGGUAGGAGUAGUAGACAAGUUGAGGAAUAUGGUUUUAUUGUUGUGUGUGUGCGUGUGAUCUGAUGAAAUUUUGGUAUGUAUGUAUUCAAUUGUCAUCAUGUCAGAUUGUGUAAUCUUGGU